GAGGAAAUCCUCAGAUAUUGUAAUCCCUCACUUCCGACGCAGGACUGGAGAGUUUUAAGGCUGGAGAGGACUGAUGAACCGUAUCGGCAAGCGCUGAUAAUGCUAAACACGGAAUCCAUCGGUCCUCUCAGCAAACAAAGGGAGCCAUAAGCUAUGGUUUUGAGAUGGUAGUGCUGAAAGUACUUCCAUCUGAUGCCAGGGCUGAUGGCCCCCAAGCUGCGGUGGAUGCGACAAGGGCUACUGACGGUCAAACGACCGUGGAAAUUGAUGCGUCAGAGGGCGCCGACGGUCAAAUGGCCGUGGAAGUGGUCGAUCCGAAUCUCUCGAAUGUGGCGAGUGUUGGAGGCGGUUCGUCGAUUGGCGACUCCGUCUUCAGCCUCGAACAACUGUUCGAGGAGGUUCGGGUCGAUCACGACUUGGGCGCUGAAAUAGCGCUCCUGGAGGAAAGUCUGAAGGAUGAAAUUCCUCCAGAUUAACCUCCAGCAUGCGAAGGCGGCUUCCGCCAAUCUAUUGCUCCGUCUGGAACAAGACGGAGCCGAUGUCGUCCUGAUUCAGGAACCGCGGCUGAUUGGUAAGGGGAUCUCUGGAUUGAGGACAAAGAGCCAUAGGCUCCUAGGAAAACUUUUAGGAACCCUCGGAACACGGACUGGGAGGGUUACCACAGGAGUUUUCGGCAAACUCUCCCACGCGCACCGGGGGUGGACUCGUUGGCCACUACCGAUGCGGUGGAGGAGUGGGUUGAAGUCUUCAGCUCGGCGUGCAAGGCUGCGUUGGAGAGGUCUUGUCCAGUGAGAUCGCCGAAGGGCAAAAAGAAACCUCUAUGAUGGACUACGGCGCUCUCAGAUAUCAGGGCGUCUUGUAGACGGCUUUUCAACAAGGCCCGCAGAAGUGGGUUAUCUGAGGACUGGGC